CCAGUAGUAAUUAGUUUCAGAACACAUCUGAAUUCUUUCUCUGUGGCAUAUGCUUUUUAGUGAAGGAACAGGCUGCUCCAGGCCAGGGGCAGAUUUCAAGUUCUCAUCUCUUGGUACCGAAUUCCUCUUUGCCGUCAACUUUUGAGAUCCUCCCUGAGUACAGCUUGGUGUCUGAAGGGCUACACAGGUGCACUGGUCAUCAUUCGCGUCACAGAGUCACAGCCUCUUCUCCCAGCAAAGCAUCUGCUGUCCUCAGCUUUACUUUUAGAAACAGCGUCUUCCUGGGACCUGGUUGAAAGCAACUCUUUGGUGCCAUACUUCCCAGCAUGGAGGUGAAGACCUUCUCAGUUUGGGAUUAUGUCGUAUUUGCAGCCCUCUUUAUCAUUUCUUCUGGAAUUGGGGUGUUCUUUGCCAUUAAGGAGAGAAAAAAGGCAACUUCAAGGGAGUUUCUGGUUGGGGGUCGGCAAAUGAGCUUUGGCCCCGUCGCGCUGUCUCUGACAGCCAGCUUCAUGUCCGCUGUCACUAUCCUGGGCACCCCCGCCGACGUCUACCGCUUUGGGGCAUCCUUCUCCGUCUUCUUCAUUGCAUACACAUUUGUCGUCAUUUUCACAUCAGAGCUCUUCCUCCCUGUGUUCUACAGGUCCGGCAUCACCAGCACCUACGAGUACUUGCAACUGCGAUUCAGUAAACCAGUUCGUUACGCAGCCACAGUCAUCUACAUCGUGCAGACGAUUCUCUACACAGGGGUGGUGGUGUACGCUCCUGCCCUGGCCCUCAAUCAAGUGACUGGGUUUGAUCUCUGGGGCUCUGUGUUUGCGACAGGAAUUGUCUGCACAUUCUACUGCACCCUGGGAGGAUUAAAAGCAGUGGUGUGGACCGAUGCUUUUCAGAUGGUUGUCAUGGUUGUGGGCUUCUUAACAGUUCUCGUUCAAGGAUCAAUUCAUGCUGGUGGAUUACACAAUGUAUUAGAGCACUCUGCAAAUGGAUCUCGACUAAAUAUAUUUGACUUUGACAUAGAUCCUCUCCGGCGGCACACUUUCUGGACCAUCUCCGUGGGAGGAACUUUUACAUGGCUUGGGAUUUAUGGAGUCAAUCAGUCGACCAUCCAGCGCUGCAUCUCUUGCAAAACAGAAAAACAUGCCAAGCUAGCCUUGUACUUCAACUUGCUGGGUCUUUGGAUCAUUUUGGUCUGUGCUGUCUUGUCUGGCUUAAUCAUGUACUCCCACUUCAGAGACUGUGACCCUUGGACUUCCGGUAUCAUCUCAGCACCAGACCAGCUGAUGCCAUAUUUCGUCAUGGAGAUAUUUGCCACCAUGCCAGGACUCCCAGGACUUUUUGUGGCUUGUGCCUUCAGUGGAACUCUGAGCACCGUGGCUGCCAGCAUCAAUGCCUUAGCAACUGUGACGUUUGAGGAUUUUGUCAAGUGCUGGUUUCCCCAUCUCUCCGACAAGCUGAGCACCUGGAUCAGUAAAGGCUUAUGUCUCUUGUUCGGCAUGAUUUGUACCUCCAUGGCUGUGGCUGCGUCCCUCUUGGGGGGCGUCAUCCAGGCUGCCCUGAGCAUCCAUGGCAUGUGUGGGGGACCGAUGCUGGGCUUGUUUUCGCUGGGGAUCCUGUUCCCUUUUGUGAACUGGAAGGGUGCACUUGGAGGCAUUCUGACUGGAAUCACCUUGUCAUUUUGGGUGGCCAUUGGGGCCUUCAUUUACCCUGCUCCAGCCUCCAAGACAUGGCCUUUGCCUUUAUCGACAGACCAGUGUGCCCCAUCAAAUGUGACGGAAGUGGUGUCUCCAGGGAUGUCCAACAGACCUGCAAUCGCUGAGACCUGGUAUUCGCUCUCCUACCUUUACUACAGUGCAGUGGGCUGGCUAGGAUGCAUGGCUGCUGGAGUGAUCAUCAGCUGCAUAACAGGUUUCCAAAGCGGCAGGGAUGUUCCACCACUGCUCAUUAGACCAGUCUGCAAUUUAUUUUGCUUUUGGUCUAAGAAAUACCGAACCCUGUGUUGGUGUGGAGUUCAGCAUGGCAGUGGAACAGAGCAGGAGAACCUUGAGCAGGGCAGCACCUGGAAACCAGGGGCUGAACCUGUCCUCCAGAACGGCCUCGGGCGAGAAAGCCUGGUCCACGUUCCGGGCUACGCCCCCAAGGACAAAAGCCACGACAGCAUGGUGGUGGAGAAGAUUACCCAUUUCUAAGGCAACACACACGUCCACACACACACAGCGUCCACACACGCACACGUCCACACACACACAGCGUCCACACACACACACACACACAGUCCACAUACUUCUUGCCUAUUGGUUAGUAGAUUUGUGUAGUUGCCACUGCUAGAAGACAGGGAUGUCUAAUGUCUAUUUAUACUUAUUUAUGACUACAAAUAGAAUGACCGUUCCCCAGAAUAUGCCAAAGGCUAUUCUUUGGAAGACCCUACUCUCAGGUGAGAAAAAAACAGCCAAGGCUUAACUGCCCCGGCAACUUUUUGGAAUAAAUUAGGGCUUGAUUUCAUCAUAAUGCAAGAUUCCAUCUCCUUCCUUUGUAUUAUGUUACACUUCAGGGAUUUUGCUUGUUUGUUUGUUUUUUACAGUUUUCUCUCUUUUUAACCAUCAAAUAUCUUGGAGUUUGCAGAAGGGGAGAUGCAUAUUAAAUGCUUCUCUGACUCUGCUGGUAAGACAAGGGAAUGACACCUGGCCCAGCCCCCGUACCUCCCAAAUGUGUAGACUCAUUUCACAUCCUCUCAUCCUGCAGGUGUAGUUGGAACACUUAACUGCUUUUUACCUCCCUCCCAUCAACCCCCAUACACGUUUAAGUCCUUUUCCAGGCAUUCUUGCUGUUACAGCUGCCCUAACCAAGCCUGACAAUUAAUUUUGCUCAGCAUGGGAGGAGAGCCUGGCAGGUGUGGAAAGUGGGAGCAGUUAUAACUAAGUGCCCUGCUCAGUUUGCGCUGAGUGUCGUGUGUCUUGAUUCUCUCUGUCACCUUCCAAUGAAAAGUUCACUCUGUGCUCAACGAGAAGUCUGGAGUCUUUCUUUCUGUAGGGCUGGGUGAAGAGGAGCGGGACAUCCUAUCAGAGGCUAUUUGGAUAACAUUGUGUAAAAGAACCUUGCACAGAGCUUACCAGCCUGCAGGGGAUUUCCCUGGUCACGGGGUUAGCUUUGGCACUGAAUACCUUGUCCAUAGGAUUUCUACUCCUUCAUUCAGCUCACACUUGCCAGCUCAGUGCAUUCCAUCAGGCUAAGGUGGCUGAAGUCAAGAUCUUAAUAGUUGAGCUCUAGAAAAUAAUUUUUAAAGCUCUGGAGGAAGAGGGUACCACAGAUCAAAAAGUGAGUUAACAAAUGGAGAGGCAGUGAAAGCUUUCUGGAAGAAGCAAAGAAAUCGAAUCCUUAAAAGAUUAAAAAAAAAAAAAAAAAAAAAGGUGUCCCAGGGGCUAGAUCAGAGGAAAGAUAGGAGGAAACAAAACAAUGUCUCAGUAUCAGCUAUAUUAGGGCUGGUUUCAGGUAUUUAUUUUGGUGGCCAGGUAAGAUCAAGAGACCUAGAAAGAGUAUGUCAGCAAAGUAAGAAGAAAUGGUCCAAGAGGCAGGGAUGAGCAGUCUCAAAGGCUGUGUUGUUUAAAUGUUAAACAGGAGGAGAUAACAUUAAAAGAAGCAUAAGAGAAAAAAAAAAAUUGAUGUAGCCAGUGUUUAUUAUUAGGGAAGGAAGAUAGAAAGAGGGGGAAUCAAUCAGUAGAGGAAUUUAAAAACACAGCUGGAGUUUAUAAGCCACAGCCCAACGCCUGCCUUCUCCACCCUCAAAGAGAAGGAAGAAUAAUGAGAGAGGAAGAGAGAUUCAGGUGGUUUAUCAGAGAGAUGAGAAAAAUACGUUUUGAAAAAGGAGGAAAGAAGUGGCAAGGGGGUAUGUUUGGGAAAAUAUCUGAAAGUGAGAAGGAACAGAAUUUCAAGAAGUAUUUUUGAGGUCCAGGAAGCUAAUGAAGGUCUUGAUCUAAGGAUUUACAAGUUGAGAAGUGCAAUUCUUUUCCAAAUGACUUAGGAGUUAGGAAGUUCUUAUCACUUAGAAUGUCAGACAAUAUAUAAAGUGAAUGUUGAAAUCUGGGCCAAACCUCAUCGGCUGAGUGAAUAUGAUAGAGAAGGCAAAAACGCAAGCCUGAGGAUGAGAAUUAGAUUAACAGUAGCUAUAUAUAUUUAUGAAAUUUGGAAUACAGCUUUCCCUUGGAAUUGCACACAACCAAAAUGUACCAUAGAAUUUUUCAUUUUGCUCACAAAUUCUCUCACGCAUUUGACUCCCAAAUUAUCCUGCAGACAUUUCACUAGCUCAGUACUUUCCAGCAAGUUUUUUUCAGAUCCAUUUUCCUUUCCAGUCACUAAUUCUUUCACCUGGAAUGUUAUCAAAGCAGAACAUGACCUGUGAACGGAAGAUACUAUUACAUUGUUGUAAAAACGUCUCUGUCUUCUCUCAUGUAAUGGAACCCGUGGCAUUAGGAGGUAAUAUUUCAAGAGCUUUUAGAGGUCAGCACAGGGAUCCGUCCUGAGGUAGGGGGGCAGAUGGGAACCCACCGGAGAACCAUCUUCCACCGUGUGUAGAAACCACGUUUGCUGUGUAGCUUAGUAUAUGCAUUCCUGAAGUUGUUUGAAAUUAGAAAUAAGAUAAAUAUAAUGUAUAAAUUAAAAGUCAUAUUAUAUAUUCCCAAACAGUAGCCUUUUCAAUGCCGAGUUUAAAUAAAGUAUGAUUUUUCUGGACAGUAA